CACCUUAGGCAACUUGACCUCCUGAUUUUCCUGACAAACUGUAGCUAUGUAGAAAGACUGCACUUGUGACUUGAAAAGAGUCUUGAGUUGUGCAAUUACAGAGGGCGCAGUCGUUCCAGAGUCACUCGGAUUAAGCUCGGCACAUUGUCUCUUUUAAGUAAACCGAGGAUUUUCACAGAGCCACGCAGACUUGAUAAUGAACUGGCAGUGGAGUGACAUAUAUUCCCAUCCGAUAUGGAUGGUUUCAGCGGCGAUUCUGGCCAUAAUUGUACGCGCGCAGCGGAAAGCAUCGUGGAACCCGCGCGCUUGUCCUGUUAAGUUAGAAGGCAAAACUGCGAUUGUGACUGGAGCCAACACGGGUAUUGGGAAGUUCAUUGCCCUGGACUUUGCCCGUCGUGGGGCACGGGUGAUCCUGGCGUGCCGGAGUGAGGCUCGUGGGACUGCAGCGCUGCAAGAAAUCAGAGAAAGUACUGGAAACCAGAACGUACAUCUGCGUCUGCUUGACACCUCGUCACUCGACUCUGUGCGGAAGUUUGCAGCAGAGAUCUUGGAGGAAGAGAAGGCAUUACAUAUCCUGGUCAAUAACGCAGGGGCCUCAGGCCUACCAGGUAAGAUCACUGCAGAUGGACUGGAAAUCACUUUUGCAACCAACCAUGUUGGGCCGUUUCUGCUCACCAGUUUGCUUUUAGACCUUUUGAAGAAAUCCGCUCCAGCUCGUAUAGUAAAUGUAUCGUCUAUGAAUCACUGGAAAGGUGAGGUAAACUUUGAUCAUUUCCGCGGUCACAAUCUAAAGCAUGUGAUGGAUGCUGCAUAUAACCACACCAAGCUGCACAACGUCAUCUGGACCAACGAGUCAGCACGCAGGCUUCAGGGCACAGGUGUGACUGCAAACUCUCUGCAUCCAGGUGUAGUUCUGACCGACGUAAUGAGAAAUUACAACUUCAUUAUCCGAUUCCUCUUUAACUUGGUUGGCUUUUUCUUCUUCAAAACUGCUGAAGAAGGGGCUUUCAGUACAAUAUACUGCGCAGUGUCUGAAGAAGCAGAAGGAAUAACAGGAAAAUACUUUGACAGUGACUGUUCCCUGGUCUUACCAGCACCUUCUGCCAGAGAUCCUGCUCUUGGGGAAAAGGAAUAUGAGUUUUGUGAGAGGCUGACUGCCAAACCUUAAAGAGACAGUUCAAUUCUUGAUUUAUUCACCCUCGUCCCAAACUUGUGAUUUAAAUCUUUGCAGCUCUAAAAACAGACCAAACUUGCAUAAAAGCUGUCCAUAUGACCGCUACAUUCCAAGUCUUUUGAAGAUUUAUGUGACGCCGACUGAGAUACAAUUUUGGCCAUUACUAAUUGUUUCAUAAGCUCCAUCAGUAACUGGUUGUUCUUACGCUGUUUUUUAGAGCAGAAAAUACUGUUCAAAACCUCUUCGAAUGAAGAACAAACCCAUUCUUUUCAUUAUUGCUCUUUUGUUGGACAACUUUUACAUAGAGUUCUGUUUUUGAUAUUGCCUUCUGAGAUGUAGUAGUUCUUUUCUCAAACUUAUCAAUAAGAAAAGAAUGAGGGCUGUUAUUUCAUAAGAUUAUUGUAUUUUUAAGCAAAUAAAUGCAGUCUUGGUGAGCAUAA